CGUACUUAAGAGACAUGGUUUUACUUCCUUGUUGUAUGUGUGUUGAAAGUAGCUUCAAGUAUACGUUUUACGGGCUAGAUUUUCGAGAGGGAUAUUAUCCUGCUCAGUAGUACGAGUGAGGAUGUGGAAGGUGGCCGCUUGCGAUAAGUUUUCUGUGUUCUGUGAUAUAGAAUGGCAACAAUGCAAUACGAGGCCUACAAUUUUAACAGAUAUUUGAUGGAUUUGCGUGUUAAUUUUUAAAAAGAAUUCUGAGAGGAUAGCCGGAGUGUAACUUUGGGAAGGAAUGGUGCUCUUGGCUUCUUGGAUUCAAAUAAACUAGAUCGAUUCAGAUUAUACUAUGGAAAAGCGCGACCUUCACAACAGUGGCACUGACUGGACUGCCAGUGACUAAGAUCAAGACUAUCGGGAACCCCAGAAACACAAAGCAAGUUUCGGUUAUGCUUCACGGGUUCUGUCUGACAAGCCAACGUAGGCCUAAGUGACCUAUGUGCUAAAAGUGUUCAAGCUGGAUUAAAUUCAGGUCUAUACAGGAAAGCAUUGACUUGUGCAAUGUGAUUGGUCUCCUUCCCAGAGUGUAACCGAAAUCUGUGGACUUUCCCAGAAUGGACUUUCGCCACCCAAGCCUGAUAUGACCUUAUUGUGGUCAGUCGUAUGUGAAGAUUGUGACGAUGGGACAAGAUUUUUCUGUCGAGGAUUUGAAUGUGCUCAACUUGAAGCCGGGACUGAAAUUGGACGAAGCGUUUGAGCAGCUGCUGGCGAACAUCUCUCGUCGUGUGAGGCGGGAGGGGUCGGGUGAUUCCCCGCGCUUUCUCCUUUACACCAGGCACCGGACGCGACAUGGCGCGCCAACUGUCAACCGGCAGUCGUACGGGGAGGAAGAUUUGGCCAGGUUUGCAGCUGAAAACGAUGGAUUUCCCCUGGCAGCGACGGAGCGUGAAAUUCAAGAGUUUGACCGAUCCCUUCUUCAGCAUGGAAAGAAGCGACGAAAGCCAAAGGUCAAGAAAAGGUCAAGGUCGCUCACUGAAGUGGCUUCGUUGGCCAACCUGAAAAGGCUUCCGGCGCCAUCCAGGCCCAAGUUUUUGGACAAGCUCAUCACUGGCGCCACCAACCUGGGCCGGAAGGCAUCACCGGACUCCAAACAGAAAGCGCACUCCAGACGACAGCUUUUGGCCGACCGAAACAGAUUCGUUAAUUACCUUCACCCCGACCCUGGCCCGGACGAUCAGGUCUCAGAGGUCAACGGUUGUAGCGGUGGCGUCGACUCACCCCCCGGGCUAACCUCGAACAAGAACUACAGCAGGUCCCUCGGAAGUUGUGCGAGCUCGGAAAGUGAUUCUCCGAGUGUUGGAGAAAACCGAAAUCCUCGCCGGAGGUUGCUUUACGAGAGACAGGAUCUUUCACGCAGCGCCCCGAUCCUAGACGAGGCGGAUUGUGACGAGGGUGAAAACGAGGAGGAGGAAGAGGAAGACGUUUUUGGUUGUGAAGACGAGACUAUUUCGAACGCCUCUGAAUGUCACCCUUCUCAAAGAGUGGAUGGCGGGCUUGAAGAGUGUAUCUUAGAAGCCACUUGUUCUGCUCAGUUCUGUUAUGAUGAUAAUACUGCUUCGGAAGUGGGUGGGAAGAAACAUCUGAAACUUGAUAUACCUUCUGUCGAGGAAAAUUGGCUCGAGACAAGGAGUGGGGAACAUAAUAACAACAACCAUAAUAAUCAACACUCCGGCUCUUUACAUUUGCAGAAACAUCGUCCGUCGUCUGUGUCUGAGGUUCCUGAGUUCGAUCCCUCGAGAUCUCCCCCGCUUGUCGCCCCUCCACCCGACCUCCAGGCCACCAGCUCUCCCAUCACCCCUGGGCACGUCAAGCGACAGCAGGAAGCGCUUUUCCAACAGCUGAUUCAUCGCUCAGACGACCAGACGCCAGCGCCACGUCAAGGAAACACACAACUCCACCGCUCUCGCAGCGAACUUCCACCCCUUUCUACAUCUUCAUCGCUGAGGAGCUUGUCUGCGGGAGCGUCUUCUGCCCCUCCUUUGAGUCCACAAACAGACCGGGCUGAGAAAUGGAUGCGGAGCUACCACAGCCAAGCUAGGAGUCAGCGCUUCUCUAAAGCCGUCAUGGCGAAAGGAUACGUGAAAGCCUUAGCCGAGCAGAUUAACCACCAGGGGGCACUGGUGAACAAUGGGGACGAUGUCGAUGACGACCACGACUUGGCGAACCAUGAUAAGAAAAUGGAGAAUGACUCGCCCGCUGCUGGUCUGGGUGAGGAUGUUGCAGAGUCUCUGGCCAUGUUCAAGGACGAUGCCAUGCGGAGAAGUCUCGUGAAAAACCUGAUCGAGGCGGCUGAGAGGCACAAAACCAACAGUAUAGAGGAUAUACACAGUCCGACUUCGCCCACACAAACUCCGUCAGGUAAAACGACGUCGCCGUCAGAAAGUUUGAACAAAGCCAAGCCCUUAUCGCCGACACAGGGGAAACCCCCUUCAUCGGGUGUGACGUCACAUGGGAAAUCCCCUCACACCAGCUCGCACCCCUCGGAACAUUCUUCCUCUCAGAGAGACACGACUUCUCCGGGAAGAAAUGGGGACAGGGUGAAAAAAGCUCGUGCUUCCAAAGAGUCCUCGCUCUCGCCUCGUGGCAGGAGGAGAGGUCAUAGGUCAGGGAGUCAGUCUCCCCGUUCCUCCCCCCGCUCGUCUCCCCGUCGUCACAACAACCCUCGCUCCCCCCAGCCCCCGUGUAACAACAAAGUGCCAACCUCCCCCUCCAAGCCAAAACCAGUAGUGGACUACAGCUCAAAACCAAAAUUCUCGCCCGAGAAGAGACCGUCUUUACCUUCGACGUUGGAGACGAACUCCCACCCACAGAGAACGAAGUCGUCGUCAAUUUCAUCCAUAUCACCUACCUCCCCCACCACCUCCCCCAAUACUCUUACAGCCACACCACAGUCCCCCGAACACCGCAAAGGUUCGAACUUGCCACCGUCUGUACUCCCUAAGACGUCACCUAAGCCAUCUAUCGGCUCCGCCAACUCCCAAGCGUCAUCGGGUACCUCCGAACUUCCCGCCCCUGAACUCCGCAAAGGAAGUGACUCGAGCAAAGAGACAGUAUCGCUUAGAGAUUCGAGUAAACGAAACAGCGAGCAGUAUCGAGACUCUGUGUUUAAUACAAUUUACGAUAACGGAGCGCCUCUGAGCGCUGCGGAGUUGUUCGACUCAAGCUGGUCGGAUUCGGAUAGUUACGAUGAUGAUUUUAGUGACGAAUUCGAUGAAGAUCGCAAGGAGGAAGUAAAAGAAGUUCCUAUUGAGCCGGCGGUUGAUAGCUCGACUACUUGUGAGCAACCUAACGUGAAGGCAGCAGACAAACGUUACAAGAUAGCGGACGAACUUCUGCGCACCGAGCGGGGCUAUGUGGACAAGCUGCAUCUACUGCACCAGGUAUUCUACUUCCGUCUGGACAAGGAGAACCGCCAACAGUCCCUGCUCCCCCCGGACACACUCAACCACAUGUUCUCCAACACCAAGAGCAUCUUCCUCUUCCAUCACGACUUCCUGCUGCCCCAGCUGGAGGCCCGAAUGAAAAACUGGGAGGAAGAUCCUCGGAUUGGUGACUUGAUGAAGAAGAAUGCCCCCUUCCUGAAGAUGUACACAGAGUAUAUCCGUAACUACAACAAUGCCAUGAACCUCAUCAACCAGUGGAUGGAGAAGUCCACACGUUUUGCUGCCAUCAUUCAUGAAAUACAGAAAGAACCAGAGUGCCGCGGUCUUUCCCUGCUGGACCACAUGUUAGACCCCAUACAACGUAUUCCUCGUUAUGAACUACUGCUCAAAGACUAUGUAAAACAUUUACCAGAAGACUCUCCAGAUAUGAAAGAUGCCGCAGAUGCCUUAGACCUGGUGACCAAGGCUGCCUGCCACUCCAACGAAGCCAUGAAGAAAAUCGAAACAUUCCGUAAACUGCUGGAUAUCUACCAAAGCCUGCGUGGUGUGGCUGUGGAUUUCAUCUCCCCGACGAGAGAGUUUGUGUGUCAAGGUCCCGUCAUCAAAAUCUCCGCCCGGGGCGGGGAGCGACAGCCACGACAUAUUUUCCUGUUCAACGACCUUCUGUUGGUGUGCAACCAGUACUUUGGGGGCACCUACGGUGUCAAGUCCCAGCUGGAGGUGGACUGUAUGGAGCUCCGUCCGGGCCCCAGCAUGCACAUUCAAAACACAUUCUUGGUCCACAGUACUCAGAAGGCUGUCGAGCUGCUAGAUGAGAAUCCGAAUGGAGAGAAAAUUGGCUGGGAAAAAAAAAUUGGUGAUGUGAUUGCUAGUCACAGAAAGCGAAAGCGUUCCAUCAAGAUAGAUGACACAAAGCUCGGUGAAUACCCCGCUCAUGAGACAAGUGUGCCCGAGAGCUGCCUGGGCAAAACGGCCCCUGUGUGGAUCCCCGACGACGCGGCCACAAUGUGCAUGUUGUGUGAACUUUCGUUUAACAUGGUGCGACGACGACAUCAUUGUCGUUCAUGUGGCAAGCUGAUCUGCAAAUCUUGUUGUAAGAAAGCCCCUUUGGAGUACCGGCAGGGGAAGAUUGAGCGGGUCUGUCUCACGUGCUACGACAUCAUCGUCAACAAAAGGGGAAUGUCCGACUCCACAGAUUCCACGGGUGGGGACUUGAGCCCCAAGAAGAAAGGCGUGUUACAGGUGAAGGCCAGUGAGCCAGGUCUGAUCUCCGGCUACGUCCAGUGUAGUGAGGACGGAGGUCGCAACUGGCAAAAGUUGUGGCUCUUGGCACACAAAGAUUUUGCUCUAUAUACCUUCCGUGCUCAUGAAGACAUUAGUGCCAUCAGUUCCCUCCCCCUGCCUGGCUACACGUUGAAGCGAAUUCCAGACUUGGAGGGACGACAGCACUUGUUUUGUCUUAUGCACAAGAACAAGAAAAUUUGUGUGUAUCAGCAUGACAAUGAGAAGAAAUUCAAAAGAUGGUGGUCUGUGUUGGAGAAACUUGUUCAUGCUGAGUUACCCGAUCAGUCGUUUCGCUUUUCCUCUCAGUCCAAUAGCAGCAAUGGCUCCUCUUGCUCCGACAACACCAUCAACAACAACAACAACAACAAUGGUAACGAUAAUCGCUACAGCACACACUCAGGCAGUCAGGCUGACUCGGGUUACCCGGGCGACAGCAACAACAGUUUGGCUCAGUUUGCCGGGGACAGUGAGCUGGGAGAUGAUGAAGUCGAUGAUGAUGAAAAUGCAGAUGGGAUCAGUCAGUACGAUAAUGUGGAUGGGGUGGUAAGCGAGUGAUAUAGGAGAUGUGAGGAUGUUUUCUACCCCGACUUGAGAGUGUGGGGGCUCUAGGAUACUGAAGGCAACAGUAGAGAGAGGUUUGAGGAGGGAAGAAGAAUGUCGUAUCUUACAAUCUGAAAACAUUCUGUUUUGAGGUUCAGAAAGACAUUUGAGGGGAUGAUAUUACUAUGCCCUCCCCCUCUCAAGUAGGCUCUACUCAAUACGUCUAACUGUAUUACAAAUGGAAUUGUAGUUGAGGUGGGAUUUUGGUGAUUCUUCUUCUUUUUCGUACCCUGAAAAGUUUAGAGAAUGGUACCGAUUUUGGCAUGUCUACUGUCUUGGAAAGAGUCCCAAUCUCAUUGAUAUCGCCUCUAAUUUGAAGUGGGAGGGGCAUUAACCCUCACACAAUAAAGACGAAGUCUACAACAUUUGAAGGUUCUUGGAACUCUGGGAAUUUCCUGACAAGAGGUUCCUUGAUAUUUGAACAUUUCCAUAAAAGCUGAACAUAUUUGUUGCAAGGGCAACUCAAGGAGAGCUCUCAGUCAUGACUCUGUAUAUUGAAAUCUUGUUCAGUUAGUUUUGCACAUCAUUAUUAAAACUGUCCUUUUUCGACUCGGGUAUACUUUGGGAUAGUUAUGACUGUCAAAAUCUAAGCAUGCAUUUUUGACUGCUCAUGCAGAAAUUUUUUUUGGAGUUCAUUGAUAAAACUUAUCGGCUGCUCAUUAGUAGUUGACGUUUGUGCAGUCCCUAUAUUGUAUGACCAUCCCCCUUUGAGCUUGUAAAUAAGAACAGAAAUGUUCAGCCUUUCUCAAGGACUGUAACAGAUGUCUCCAAUCGUGGCUGUUUAUCCAGAACUUGGCCCACUUUCUCUUUUCGUUUCUGGAGUUGUGCUUGUUCGUUGUCCUCUCUACACCUUUACCUUCCUCUCGCAAACUUGUGUACCGAUGCGGUGGGAUCAGGUGCUCUUCAAUUUUUUUGGCAUGUGAGAUAUUGGUAUCAUCUUAAAGCUUGUUCUCUUGUCUUGCUUUCGACCAGGAGAAAAAUGAUGAUUUCUUAGAUUUCAUUAUUUUGACGAGCGCUUGCAACCACUAUGCCAAACAUUUAUAUGUUCUUGGAAGGAGAUUCCUUCAUGAAAACAGUGUACAUAUCAGAUCACAGUAUUUAUUCCUCCUUGUGAUUGGUGUUGCAGCAUUCUUAGUAAAUAGAUGUAGGCUUACAUUGUACGUAAUUCCGGAUGUAGCCCCGGUUAGAUUGUAAGUGUUCGUGUUAAAAUGUGGACUUUCUUGUAAGGUGUUUGAAUCUGAAAGUAGGGUAACAUACUGAAUGUUACAAAAUCUAUGUAUACUAUGCCUUCUUCAAAAUGAGAUUGUUACUGUACAGAAAAGUGUAAGGAUUAAUCAUUAAUAUAUAUCAUUGUGCAGCACAAUAUUGCCUGUGUCUUUUCAGUAUCCUAGUAUCACAUCACGUGGAAGACCUACAGACAGUAUGAUAUUCCUAUUGUUGAAUUCAGGGUGAUUUUUUUCUUACCGCACACUGAUGUUCACAUGCCUAAAAGUUCCACUUUUUACAUACUUGUUUUAAGUAUAUUCAUGUUAGUUUUUAAGGUUUUUUUUACUGAGGACCUAUGCAACUAUCUCAUUCCUUCAUAAUUGUUUUAACAGUUACAUCAUGUAUACUCAGUUGCAGGAAUGUUUAUAUAUAGUAUAUACAUAGAUAUAUUCAGGGUUCCUAUUCUGAGGAAAUAAAAUGUAAAGGGUCAACCUUAAGAUAUAUAAGAGAAAUGAGGAACAGUAAAGCAACUAUACAAAAUCAUGAGUUUUGAAGGCUGACAAAUAACAUAAUAUUGGUUUAUUUAUUAUGUUUUCACUUCUUUUUCCAGAAAACACAAUGUACAGGCUGUCCAUUUAGAUAGCAAAACGAUAUUUUAGGAAGAACUUUUGGUUCCCUCUAGCAAAUUAGACUAUGAGAUUAUAAAACAACAAUUAUCUUCAUAUCUUUUUCCAGGUAAUUCUUCUUUCUUGAAGUUGCGGCAUCCUAUCCUUGGGAACUUCUCCUUGGGACAAAGUGCCCAUUUUUGCGUUUCUUUCUGCUAUAAAAAAUUAGCUCACAUGCAGCACAGUCCCUUCUUUCUAACACUUCUAAAUUAAAUUAGUAGAGUACACAUGGCAGUGUCUUUCGUGGUCCGACCCAUAUCUGAGGCAAACUUAAGCAAAAGGAGAUUUUUAAAGAUAAAUAAUGGUUUUAUUUCACAUACCUCUUUAUUUCUAAUUUGAUUCACUGCCCACGUGGGAGCAUUAAUGCUGUAAAUCAGCUAGAAUUUAAUAUUCAUUAAUCAGCAGCAAAGACAAAGCGAAUGUUGCUUAUUCGAAGCUGGAUGUGAACCAUUUUCCUGUGCUAUAAACACAAAGCAUUUCAGGGACAAGAUAGGGAAUACAAGUGUGUAUGCUAACAAAAGUUAUUUUCAAAAAGUUGUUUUAUUUUUCAAAUGGAUGGCCUAUACUAGGAAGUACUGACAUGUGAAUAAUACCUUAAAUUAGAUGAGUAUCGAAGAGUGUAGUUUGUUGUUAUGAUACAGGAGUGUGUAGAUUACCAUGACAGAAAAGUGUUGAAAUUUUUAGAAUAGAAUCCUAAUGUUUACCCACAGAAUUUUAAGAGAGGAUGCUUACCGUAAUAUUAAUGUGGAAUAUAAAAGGAAGGAAAGGAACUGUCGCACAGCAACAUAUUUUUAUUAUUACUGGACCAAUAUUAUGAGCAGGUAUUAUUUGAAAACUUGCAAAUUCAUAGUCUCUGGCUAUUUAAGACGUUAUAUUUUCCAAACAGCAGAAUUUUUAUGUACUGUUUGGAAGAUUGAAUGUGUUUCAUUAUUUUUAUAUGACAGUGCUCAAAUUACAGCUCUGUUUUAACUGUUAACUAACAGUAUUUUAGAAGAUUUUAUGUGUUUCUAUGAUAAUAAUAGACAGUAUUACAAUAUUUUGUGAAAAACAGAAGUCUUGAAGGGGAAAGAAUAUGAAGUACUGCAAUACCGCAAAAUCUUUUGCUGAGCUCUAAGUAAGAUUGUUAACUAAAUCUAUAAACAAUCGGGGCUCGACAAAAAUUUCACGUGUCUUUAAUUAAGAUAAUUGUAAACCAUUGUAUGAUAUGAUGACCUACAAAGGCUGUAAGUUGGUUCUCCUGUGGUGACCAGCAAAAAUUGUAUAUUAUGUGUUUCAUAAGUAAAGAUAUUGAAUUUGUGUUGAUGUUGUAUCUUUUUCCCUCCAAUCAGAGGCCAAAAUUGCCAAACGGGCAGUUGAGUGUUUGAAAGUUGAUCUCUUCGAACAGGACAAAGCUUGCUAUCUCUGAUUCUAACUAACAAAUUAUCGUACAUUUUGCCGUGUAUUCCCGUUUUCCUCUUGUGCAAUAGUUCUGCCCUGCCACCUGUCUGUAUUAUGCAUAAAAUCCUGUGGGAGGUGUGUGGGGGGGGAUGCUUGUAGCUCAUCACUGGAAAGUAAGAUUCACAAACAUGUUGCCAGUUAUUCUAGGUGAUUGGUGGGCUCUCUGAUGUUUUCUGCUGCUUCAGUUGCUUCUGACAUUUGACUUUUGUAAUAUGGUCCUGGAGAAAUGUCAAUGUUAUGAUUCUUACAGGCUAUGAUUUAGAAUUCCACAACUCUUAGCCACCCUGCCUGUACAGCCCUUAGGUAGGCUGAUUGCUUGUAAACUUCGUGAAAUAUAUGUACCAAUGGUAACUUCCCUACUUACAGGAUUGAUGUGGUUUUAAUUGCUGCGAUAGUAUUGCUGCGAUAAUGAAUGAACUAUUGUCUUGAGCCCAAACCAGAGGCUGUAUCAGCUCUUGAACCCAUGCCUACAGGGGCCUCAUAGUAUACUGCAGGGCUUGAAAGUCAUCACAGAUUGUAGUGUUUUAUCAUCCUGUACCACUUGAGCAAGUCUCAAACCCUCUUCAUCAUGUUGUUCGCAACUUGCGGCAGUGGCAUGGUAAGAGGAAGAGGAUGGUUGAAGGAUGUCUUUAGUCGAUCCUGCUUCUUUUCUUUACCUGUUAUUGUUAUUUCUGUCUAAUUUGCUUUCUUCCUCGCAGUAAAUUACCAUUGUUGUGUUGAUGUACCUUUUUUUAACUUCACUAUUGUAGUUAUAAGGGAAAAAACCUUUAAAUGACAGUAACAUGUAGAAAAAGUGCAUGCAUGUAUAUGUAUUGUCUCUUACUUUUCCGCUCUCUUGCUUUGAACUGAUUAUGAAGUCUAGAUUCUGUAUGUACCUUAGGUCAGUGUCACAUUAUGUUGCACCAUAGAUUCCUCUUCCAGAACACAAACCGUAUGAGAUUCAUUAGCUUCGAUGUGAUCAAAGUCGAGGCGAGAUACUCUGUACUAGCAUUAGUUAUACACAACACUGUUGUUUUUGGGCAACAUUUGGUAGUAGUUACUCACAGAGAUCAAUAUUGAACCGAGUCUCCCAGUGGUGCACACAUACACAGCUCUUAGUGAGAAAGCCACCAGCUGUUUUCAGUUGUGCGGGUCAGACACAAAUGUGUGACAGUACCCAUAGACGACAAUGAAAUACUAGCCUGCAGAGAUGCUCAGUUGUGAUUUUAUAAGACAAAAGUGACGCCAGAUUCUGAUUUGCUUCAAAAUGUUGUUUCUUCUUUAUUAUAAGUUUCUAUGGCUGUGCUUGUCCAACUAGAAUUUGUAUGUUUAGAAAUGUAUUAUUUUUUAGAGCAAUCUAUCAUUGCACAUCAAAUGCAGGUGCAACUUUUCAUUGGCACUGUCUUCUUAAAGACUUAUGUAAAGUUCAGAUCAGUAUAAACUCUUGAACCCAGUUUUAAACACAGUAGGUACUAUAUAUAGGGCUUGAAAUAUUACUCAGUUUUUACCUACUUGUAAUUGAAACACAUGGAAAUCUCAUAAUAACAAGCAAAUCUGACUGGAAAGGCCACAAAUACCCCCUAAAAAAAAACCGAACAAAUCCAGAACAGGUAAAAGUUGAACCUACCAUUGCAAUGGUGCCCCCUCCUCCCACCACCUGCAAUGAAUAGUAAUCUUUAGUUGGGAUUCACCUAAGCUGUAUCUUGACUGAAGGCAAAGAAUUUAUUUAUAAAUAUUUGAGAAGAAUGUGAGCCGACCAUGUUUGCAUGACAAACACUCGAAUUAAAAUUGUGACUGUGAUGCUGGAUUCACAACUACUACAAUAUGGUGAAUGGAUGUUCUAUUCUAUUUUGUGAUCGAUGUAAGUGCUGCUGUUGCACACUCUCAGUCCCAUGUCAUAUCUUUAAGAUUCAUUGAUUUAAAGAGAAAACAUUUUAUUUGUUUAUAAAAUGUCAGGUCUGUUUUGUUAAAAAUUAUGUGGAGAUUGCCCAGUUGACAGAAGUGUAUAAAUGCUGAAAAUAUUUCCAUGUACACUCACUGUGUCAGAAUGUAGUUCAAAAGUUUGUCUUGCCCUGUAUUGAGAUGACCUAAUUAUCUUUCUGUUUCUUGUCCAAUGUUCUGUAUAUAUGUCAAUAUUAAUGAUGAUGACAAUUCUAUUUAUUACAUAUGAAUUCACACCUUGA